AUGGAAUCGUCUUGCGAGACAAUAAUUUGUCGUUGUUGUCUCUCAAAAGAUGAGAAAAAUGUCUUUUUUGACAUCCGGAAGUCGAGUUACGGCGAGAAAUCGUUCAAAGAAAUAAUUGAAAGCUUAAUUUGCGGCGUCGUUGAGGAGCAGGAACCUUCGUUUGUUUGUGAAUCGUGCGCGAAUCUACUCGGAGAUUCGUACAAGUUCAUCAAAAUGCUGAAAGAAAGUCAAUUGAUCAUAAAUGGGAUGAAAAAUGAAGAUUUUUUGGUUGAAAAUUCUCACCUGAAGUGUAUGGAGGAUGUUAUUGAAGAAGUUUUCGAAGAAGAAAUUGACGAAAAUCAUCAAAUUUUAUCUCUGGAGCGUCUCGAGAGUCAUUUAAACGUCUCACAUGAGGAUCAAAAAGUCACUGAAAAACUUUUUCAAUGCGAUCUCUGUAGAAUUUCACUUAAAUCCAAAGAAUGUCUUUCGAAUCACAUGAAGGCAAAACACUUGAACCGUCGAUUUCCAUGCAAAUUUUGUGAAAAUUCAUACAAAAGUCGUUCCGGAUUGCAUCAACACGAGCAACAACAUCACACAAAAGCCAUAAUUUACGAAUGUCUCCGUUGCCCAUACAAAAGUCACAGCAAAACUUUGUUACGGAAGCACGAAAAUCGUCAUUUUCUGAAAGAAAAAAAAUUCGAAUGUGAAAUUUGUGGAAGAAAUUUUGUGUCUUCGGAUAAUUUGAAGCGUCAUCAAUUCGUGCAUAUCGAUAAAAGACCUAUUAAUUGCGAAACUUGCGAAAAAAGCUUCAAAACUACCGAAGCACUGAAGAAACAUGAGGCUUGUCACAAAGAAUAUCGCUAUGAAUGCCCGAUUUGCUCUCGAAAAUAUUUGACGAAUCAAGCGAUGAGAGCUCAUUGCACAAAACUACAUCCAAAAUACGAUUUGCCUCCAGCAGGAACUGUCUUGGCAAGUGAUGCAAAGUCAAAACACACAAAAAAUCUAAAAUUAGAGAGAAAUUUAACGAAAAAAUGA